AUGAGCACAGCAUUUUCCCACGCGCGAGGCCGACAGAGCUUUGUCGGCGUGGUGACCCGACUCGGUCCUAAGGGCUCCAAGUCCAUCAAGGUGCGAGUCACCCGUCGAAAGUACAUGCCCGCCAUUCUCAAGGAGAUCAACUUCCACCGAGACUUUUACACCCACGACGAGAUGAUGGCCUGUCAGGAGGGUGAUGUGGUUCGAAUCGAGCAGUGCCGACCCAUUUCCAAGACCAAGCACUUUGCUGUUGCAGAAAUCAAAUCCGCUCAGGGUCAGGAGUGGCUCGCGUACCAGAAGGCAGCCCCCGGCCUUGUCGAGGAAGACAACAAGAAGCGAACCAUGCAGUUCAACCAGGACAAGGAGCAGGGAGAGGAGGUCUCAGCUCUGUCUGUGCUGGAGCAGCUGCGACAGGUCGCUGAGUACGAGUGGAAGGGUCCCCGAGAUCAGGCUCACGAGGACCAGGUCAAGCAGAUCAAACAGCACUACGGCAUUGAUUCGUGGCCCCCGAACAAGCCCAUCGCCAACCUCUCUCUGGAGGUGCUGCGAAACGAGUUUUCCAAGACCCAUAGCCUGGUCCAGGCCACCCACAUGCUUCAAAACGAGCCUGCCAAGGCCGAGGAGAUGCUCCAGGAGCUGGGUUUCUCUGGCAAGGGCUUUUCUCAGAAGCGAAACAUCCUUGCCAAGGCCCUGAGACGGUGA